AAUCUUUAUCGAGGCAUGUUUACGUACUACGUGUUCUAUCAUAAAAAAGGAGGUAUUGUCGCCAACUGUCGUAAAGCGUCGGUUUACGGGAUUUUUCGAUAUUUCCUUGGUUGUUUGUUGCUAGCUUUCAGGUUUGGUGUCUUCAUCAGUGACAUCAUGGCCUCUGCUCCAGCUCAGCAACCUACCCUGACCGCUGAACAGACCCGAGUGGUGUUGAGUGAGGUGAUCCAGGCCUUUUCAGUGCCAGAGAACGCUGCACGAAUGGAGGAGGCUCGGGAGAGCGCCUGUAACGACAUGGGAAAGAUGCUGCAGCUCGUGCUUCCUGUGGCCACUCAGAUUCAGCAGGAAGUGAUCAAAGCGUAUGGAUUCAACAAUGAAGGAGAAGGCGUCCUUAAAUUUGCUCGACUGGUGAAAAUGUAUGAAACCCAGGACCCUGAAAUUGCAGCCAUGUCUGCAAAACUGAAGUCUCUCCUCCUGCCGCCAUUGUCAACACCCCCUAUAGGAGGCGCCAUUCCUGCUUCAUAGGAUUUAGUCUUGACCAGGUCUAAUUCAGGGGUGCUUUAUUUUUAUGCUUUGCAAUUCCUUAUGCCAUUAUGUAUUUAAGGUCCAAUUUUUGUAUGUAAUAUGUUUGAUACCACUAAUGUUUUUAAAAAAAAAGUAUUCAUUCAAUGCUUCUUGCAAACCCUUGAAAUAUUUCCUCACACAUUGUAUUUAUUUGUUACAUGUAACACUACAUCCACUUUAUUCCACUGAAACAUUUACUUUAAUGCCAUCUUUUUUUUUACUUUAUAUGCUGUCAGAUGUUUUCAUUAUACUGUAGAAUUAAAUAUUCAGUUUUUCUGA